UGAUAUGGUGCAAACAUUCUAAAAUUGCGCCACGCCUCCAUUCCUCAUCAUAAUAUAGACCACAGACAAAUGAAAACCCUGUCCAUAGCCAUAGCCCCUGUUUGAGAAGCAUUAGUGAGUGAAUAUUUCUAAAAUCAGGCGAGCCUCAAAUUAUACCAGGGCAAUUACUCUUACUUUUAGCAGUUUAUGAACACACGGACAGAGAAAACGAGCUGGAAAGGAAGAUUUCUUGUUUAUAAUUUGGGUUUUCAGAAACAAAAAGGAUUUGAUGGUUUUUCUGGGUUCAUUUCAAACUUUAUCUAUUUGCAAAGAUGCAGCUGGAAUCGCGGGAAACAUCUCUGCUUUGGUAUUGUUUGUAUCUCCAGUGCCGACUUUCCGUAGAAUAAUCAGGAACGAGUCGACAGAACAGUUCUCGGGGUUGCCAUAUAUAUACGCGCUCCUGAACUGCAUAAUCUGUGCCUGGUACGGUUCGCCUUUGAUAUCUUCUGAUAAUUUGUCGGUUACCACCGUUAAUUCGGUAGGUGCAGUUUUCCAGAUUGUCUACAUUAUCCUCUUCAUAAUAUACGCAGAGAAAACAGAAAAGGUGAGGGUGAUUGGAUUGCUAUUGGCAGUUUUAGGCAUAUUUGCCGUUAUCGUCAUUGGGAGCUUGUUGAUAAUAGACCUUGACGUUCGUCACGUCGCCAUUGGGUUCCUGAGCAGUGCUUCCCUCGUCUCAAUGCUUGCUUCCCCUUUGUUUAUAAUUAAUCUGGUGAUCAAAACGAGGAGUGUUGAAUUCAUGCCGUUUUACCUGUCCCUCUCCACUUUUUUGAUGAGCACUUCUUUUCUUCUGUAUGGAAUCUUCAGUUUCGAUCCCUUCAUAUAUGCCCCAAAUGGAAUUGGAACUGUUCUAGCAAUUAUACAAUUAGUUUUGUUCUCUUACUACAAAAAUGCAUCAAGAGACAACUCUGUAGUACCUUUACUGGUGUCUCAUGACAUGAUCAAUGGAAAGGAAGAAUUAAAUUUUCAGACUUGGGCAGCAGUUGAGGAGGGACGCCUCUCGAGUUCAUGAAGAACGGUGGAUAUCCAAACUCGGCCAUGAUAAUAAAUUCUGGAUUGUUCCAAUUAGCGUUGGAUUAUUCAUUGUUAAGGUUAAAUACUUGUUGAGUGUGCAAUUGACUGUAGUUUGUAAACUACGAUGAAUGUGUAAAGGAUUAUGCUUAAAGUUCCAAUGAAUCUUCCUGUUUUUCACUUUA